AUGGACUUGUCGCAAACCGUUGCCAUCCCGGAGCAUAUUUUGGAUUAUUUGGCCAACACAUACAUAUGGUGUAUGUCGCCAAGCGAUCGUAAAGAUACGUAUCGAAUCUGCGCCCAAGUGAGGAAAGCCUACUGGUUCUACUUGGACCAGGUUUGCUAUACACCCCCGGAGAAGUAUACUCUCAAAAACUUCAUGCAUGAUCUCUUCAACCACGUUCCGUUUCUGAAACGCAAGAAGAUACGGAUCAACGAAAUGUUGACGGGAUUUAUCAAUCGGCUGAAUACCUUACCCGUGAAUGGCGCUAUUUUACUAUCGGAGGAUUCGACGCAGGUUCUGCUGGUGGAGUCGUUCAAGGGAAAGUGGGGCUUCCCCAGAGGUAAAUCGGAGGGUAAAGAGGAUCCGUUCACUUGUGCCGUCCGUGAGGUAUACGAAGAGGUUGGUUACACGAUAAAAGCCGAUGUCAGUCAGUUAAACUACAUAGAUAUGAAACACAACAGACUCCAGAACUCACGGCUGUACAUCGUACCAAAUGUUCCCCAGAGUACGGUAUUUCGAACACAAACAAAAAGCGAAAUACGGCAGAUAAAAUGGUUUCCGAUCAACGCGCUGCCGGAUGAUAGUGGAGACAGCGGCGAUAUGUGCAUCAAGGAGGGAUUAAAAUUCUUCAGAGUGCAUCACUAUAUAGCGCAAGUGAAAGAAUGGAUCGUGAAGCAGCAGUACUCUCGAAGAAGAGCAACAUGGAGUGCAUCUGCUUAUGCGACAAGGAGGAAUCACUUCAGCCAAACAUACGUUCCUACUCAGGUUCACUUUAGAAACAACCAGAGUCCAUCGAUUGCAGAUAUAGGUAUUUUUAAUUAUAGGGAUUUUAUGCUAUGCUAA